CAGGCUGCUAUAUGGCAAGCGCUGAACCACUACGCCUACCGGGACGCUGUCUUCCUGGCGGAACGACUGUAUGCAGAAGUACACUCAGAAGAAGCCUUGUUUUUACUGGCAACCUGUUAUUACCGCUCAGGAAAGGCAUAUAAAGCAUAUAGACUCUUGAAAGGACACAGUUGUACUACACCACAGUGCAAAUACCUGCUUGCAAAGUGUUGUGUUGAUCUCAGCAAGCUCGCAGAAGGGGAGCAGAUCUUAUCUGGCGGAGUGUUUAGUAAGCAGAAAAGCCAUGACGAUAUGGUUACUGAAUUUGGGGAUUCCGCUUGCUUUACCCUUUCUUUGUUGGGACAUGUGUAUUGCAAGACAGAUCGGCUUGCCAAAGGGUCAGAAUGUUACCAAAAGAGCCUUAGUUUAAACCCUUUCCUCUGGUCUCCCUUUGAAUCACUAUGUGAAAUAGGUGAAAAGCCAGAUCCUGACCAAACAUUUAAAUUAACAUCUUUACAGAACUUUAGCAACUGUCUGCCCAACUCCUGCACAACACUAGUAUCUAAUCAUAGUUUAUCUCAUAGACAGCCUGAGACGGUUCUUACAGAAACACCCCAGGACACAAUUGAACUAAACAGAUUGAAUUUAGAAUCUUCCAAUUCAAAGUACUCCUUGAAUACAGAUUCCUCAGUGUCUUAUAUUGAUUCAGCUGUAAUUUCACCUGAUACUGUCCCUCUUGGAACGGGAACUUCAAUAUUAUCUAAACAGGUUCAAAAUAAACCAAAAACUGGUCGAAGCUUAUUAGGAGGACCAGCUGCUCUUAGCCCAUUAACCCCAAGUUUUGGGAUUUUGCCAUUAGAAACCUCAAGUCCUGGAGAUGGAUCCUAUUUACAAAACUACACUAACACACCUUCUGUUAUUGAUGUGCCAUCCACCGGAGCCCCUUCAAAAAAGUCUGUUGCCAGAAUCGGCCAAACUGGAGCAAAGUCUGUCUUCUCGCAGAGCGGAAAUAGUCGAGAGGUAACUCCAGUUCUUGCACAAACACAGACUUCUGGCCCACAAACAAGUACUACACCUCAGGUAUUGAGCCCCACUAUCACGUCUCCCCCAAAUGCACUGCCUCGAAGAAGUUCACGGCUUUUUACUAGUGACAGUUCUACAGCCAAGGAAAAUAGCAAAAAAUUAAAAAUGAAGUUUCCACCUAAAAUCCCAAACAGAAAAACAAAAAGCAAAACUAAUAAAGGAGGAAUAACUCAACCUAACAUAAAUGACAGCCUGGAAAUUACAAAAUUGGACUCUUCCGUCAUUUCAGAAGGGAAAAUACCCACGAUCACCCCUCAGAUCCAGGCGUUUAAUCUGCAGAAAGCAGCUGCAGGUUUGAUGAGCCUUCUUCGUGAAAUGGGGAAAGGUUAUUUAGCUUUGUGUUCGUACAACUGCAAAGAAGCUAUAAGCAUUUUGAGCCACCUGCCUUCUCACCACUACAAUACUGGCUGGGUACUGUGCCAAAUCGGAAGGGCCUAUUUUGAACUUUCAGAGUACAUGCAAGCUGAAAGAAUAUUCUCAGAGGUUAGAAGGAUUGAGAAUUACAGAGUGGAAGGCAUGGAGAUCUACUCUACCACGCUUUGGCAUCUUCAAAAAGACGUUGCUCUUUCAGUUCUGUCAAAAGACUUAACAGACAUGGAUAAGAAUUCACCAGAGGCCUGGUGUGCUGCAGGGAACUGUUUCAGUCUACAACGGGAACAUGAUAUUGCAAUUAAAUUCUUCCAGAGAGCUAUCCAGGUUGAUCCAAAUUAUGCUUAUGCUUAUACUCUAUUAGGGCAUGAGUUUGUGUUAACUGAAGAACUGGACAAAGCAUUAGCUUGUUUUCGAAAUGCCAUCAGAGUCAAUCCUAGACAUUAUAAUGCAUGGUAUGGUUUAGGAAUGAUUUAUUACAAGCAAGAAAAAUUCAGCCUUGCGGAAAUGCAUUUCCAGAAAGCACUUGAUAUCAACCCUCAGAGUUCAGUUUUACUUUGCCACAUUGGAGUAGUUCAGCAUGCCCUGAAGAAAUCUGAGAAGGCUUUGGAUACCCUAAACAAAGCCAUCGUGAUUGAUCCCAAGAACCCUCUAUGCAAAUUUCACAGAGCCUCAGUUUUAUUCGCAAAUGAAAAAUAUAAGUCUGCUUUACAAGAACUUGAAGAAUUGAAACAAAUUGUUCCCAAAGAAUCUCUCGUUUACUUCUUAAUAGGAAAGGUUUACAAGAAGUUAGGGCAAACGCACCUCGCCCUGAUGAAUUUUUCUUGGGCUAUGGAUCUAGAUCCAAAAGGAGCCAAUAACCAGAUCAAAGAGGCAAUCGAUAAGCGCUAUCUUCCUGAUGAUGAGGAGCCAAUAACCCAGGAGGAGCAGAUUAUGGGAACAGAUGAAUCCCAGGAGAGCAGCAUGACGGAUGCAGACGACACACAGCUUCAUGCAGCUGAAAGCGAUGAGUUUUAACUCUCAGAAGCGAGGCUUUUGCGACUGGAUGUGUGACUAGUGCUGACGUCUCUUGUCCCUCCAUGUCCCGCGUCGUCAGUCUGGAGCCGGCAGUGUCACCAUCCAUCCCUUAUGCCAUGUGUGUGCCACUUUCAUUGGACCCUGACUGUACCCAGAAUGAAAGGCAGUGCAAUAUUGAGCUGCUAACAAGACUGGCUCUUUCACCAGUACGAAUGACAAUAUAGGGGUGGGGGGAGCUUUCUUUUCUUUUUUUUUUUUUCUUUAAUCUCCCUUUAUUGGAAAACUAUCAUGGAAGGAAGAGUUGUUUUCUCUUGGAGGAACUGUUAGCUGUGGAAAGUAGUGAUGAACCAGAAUUUCUUGGUCGUUUUCCAAAACUGUGUUUUUAUUUGCUUCUGUUCCUGAGUAACAGAGUGACUGGCCUUCAUUUCUAGGCUCUUCAAGAAUGGGGUAGCAAGUGCCAGACGGAACAAUAAAGACAUUGCCU